AGUAGCGCUUCUUUUCUGGGAAAUGGCGGCGCUCGUGGGGCUCCGCGCGGGUUUCUCCGCCCUCCAGCUGACCUCAUCCAGUUUACUGCACAGCUCCUUCAAACUGUGCGCAGUGCCGCUUAGUCGCAGGAGCUUUGCUGCUGAGGCCAAGAAAGUCUUUUCCCGUGAUAAACCUCACGUCAAUAUUGGCACUAUCGGUCAUGUGGACCAUGGGAAGACGACACUCACUGCAGCCAUCACCAAAGUCUUGGCAGAGGCAGGAGGAGCGAGAUACAAGAAGUAUGAGGACAUUGAUAAUGCUCCUGAGGAGAAAGCCAGAGGAAUCACUAUCAACGCCUCGCACGUAGAAUACACGACAGCCAACCGGCACUAUGCACACACAGACUGCCCCGGACACGCUGAUUAUGUCAAGAAUAUGAUCACAGGAACUGCUCAGAUGGACGGCUGUAUCCUGGUUGUUGCAGCAACAGAUGGUCAAAUGCCUCAGACACGGGAGCACCUCUUAUUGGCCAGGCAGAUUGGAGUAGAGCAUGUGGUCGUGUUUGUGAAUAAAGCAGAUGCAGUGGAGGAUAAGGAGAUGCUGGAGCUGGUGGAGCUAGAAAUCAGGGAGCUGCUCACAGAGUUUGGUUAUGACGGAGAGAAAACACCUGUGGUCAUCGGGUCUGCACUCUGUGCAUUGGAGAACAAGCAGCCGGAACUGGGACUGGAUGCUGUUAUGCAAUUGCUGCAGGUGGUGGACGAAUAUAUUCCUCUGCCAAAGAGACAACUGGACAAACCAUUCCUUCUGCCCAUAGAGGGCGUCUACUCCAUCCCAGGUCGUGGAACAGUAGUAGCCGGCACUCUGGAGAGAGGGUUGAUAAAGAAGGGAGAUGAGUGUGAGUUUGUGGGACACAAUCGCUCUGCUAAAUCAGUCGUUACAGGCAUUGAGAUGUUCCACCAGUCUUUAGAUCGUGCUGAAGCGGGUGAUAAUCUGGGUGCUCUGGUUAGAGGGCUGAAGAGAGAGGAUGUGAGGAGGGGGAUGGUGAUGUGCAAACCAGGAUCCAUCCAACCCCACCAGAAAGUCAGAGCACAGGUGUACAUCCUGAGUAAAGAGGAAGGCGGCAGACACAAGCCCUUUGUCACUAACUUCAUGCCCGUCAUGUUCUCUCUGACCUGGGACAUGGCCUGCAGAGUCCAGCUACCUGAUGACAAGGAGAUGAUCAUGCCAGGAGAAGAUGCUUCCCUAACCCUGACACUCCGGCAGCCCAUGGUUCUGGAGAAAGGACAAAGGUUCACACUAAGAGACGGCAAUAAAACCAUCGGAACGGGGCUGGUAACGGAAAUCUUGACAUCCACACCAGAGGACCAGCACAACUGGGGCUGAGACCAACAGAGAGAGGGAUGAGGGAGGAGGAUGGUGGGGGGGGGGGGUUAUGAUGCCAGUGGGGACAGGAAAGGUGUGGAGUUGGAGACAGGAAAGGUGUGGAGUUGGGGACAGAGAAGCGUCCUGUAUAAAACUGAUCAAAUAUCUGCUCUUCUACAUGUCUGCUUGGACAGUAAAAUGGUUUUUGCUGAUGUAAAGUACCAUAAGGUGGAGAAUUCUAGCCUUGGACCCACAUGUACAGUGUUUUCUCAGGCUAAAUGAAUAGUUCAACAGAGAGGAAAAAAAAACACAUUUACAGAAUUAUGCCCUUUACCCAAAUGUAGUUGACCAGUCAAGAUAUGUUUGAUGUCUAGAGCUUUAGUUUUGCACUCGAGGUACGAGGCUAUUGUGGCUAAGAAAUAGUGAACGUUUAUACGAUGCUGGUUGACUGUUAUCUAUAAUAAUGGAAAAACUUUAUCACUUUGUCGUACAGUGUCAGAAACCACAAUUUAUCUUGAAUAGGCUUGCUUAACAUCUUUGCACAGAGGUGAAUGUGUGUUGAUUUAGGCCUACAGUUUUCAUGAUGCUAACUGGUGAGGUAUAAGCUUCUAUUGUUAAUUACAUUAGCGUACUGGCUCCAGUGCAAAACUUGAUCAGCUCAUUCUACAACACACCUUAUUCAUAAAGAGCUGGGAAAACGCAUGAAACCACUUAUUUGUCUGGUUGAAUCUCUUUGAAGUGCUGCUGCACCAUUUUGGCCCAGGUGAUCAGUGAACUCAACCAUCUCGUUUUAUUGAACUACCUGAGAGACGGGGCAUGGCUUAAGAGGCCUGCUAGCCCAGCAAGUGGUGGUGUGGGUCCACCAUCGUCCAGCCUCUAUCUGGAUUCAGCUUCCAUGAAGGGUUGUGAUGAGAGGUUUGAGGAUAAGGCAUCACGGUGGUCGAAGGAGGAAUUUUUUCAAGCUUUCAAGCUUAAAGUCCGGCAGUGGAGUUCCAUACAAUCUGUUUUUGCUUCUGUCUAUAAGUGCUAAUGAAUGUGGUUGAUGUAAUAAAGUGUAUUUAAUAGAA